AUGCGCCCUUUGCAUGCCGCUGCGGUGCCCGCUUCAGGCGGCGGCAAGCUGCUGCCCUCCACAGAUGCGCUGCUAGCACCGGAUGUGAGCCUGACACACCGAGUCCACCAGCGACGAGUGCCCCCGACUGGCGUUGGGAUGACUGGCCUGAGCAAACCGAGCCUGAAGACCUGUCGCUGCCAAGAAGACCAGCCACGCCAGAUUCCCCCACCGACCUGCGAGUGCACUCCGCGUAGUCGCCGCGCGCCUUGUGUCGCGCGCCGCUGA